GGGCGGGGGGGAAGAGACGGGUGCGCAGGCGUAGUAGCGUGUUGGAACCGAAGUGUAGGACUUUGGACCAGCCUUGGUCUGGAGACUCAGUCUGCCUUGAAGAGGGGAAUCCAGAAGAGGAAGAAGAAGAAAUGGCUCCUGUGUUAUUGCCAACCGUGUCCCAGGAAUCUGUGACCUUCAAGGAUGUGGCAGUGAACUUCACCCAAGAAGAGUGGCAACGGCUGAGCCCCGCGCAGAGGGACCUUUACAGGGAUGUGAUGCUGGAGAACUAUCGCAACCUCAUCUCCCUGGGGCUUCCCAUUUCUAAACCCGAUAUGAUUUUCCAGCUGGAGCAAGGGGAAGAGCCUUGGAGACUUGAUUUGCAAGGAAAUGAGGAAAAAGCAGGCCCAAGAAAUAUUUCACUAAGCUGGGAGAAUAUGCCUGAGACUCAGGAGUUAACUCCAAAGCAGAACAUUUCUGAAGGAGAACCAGACAUAUUAAUGGAAAGACUCAGAGGAGAGAUUUCUCCUGUACCUGAGGACAGAGUAGAAAAGCAGAGGGAAAACAACAUAGGGAAGACAAGAGAAAAACCCCUUUUCCAUGAGAGAGGUUUCAAGCAAAUCUCAAUAAAUCCUGCCCCAAAAACCACUAAAGAGAGAGGCCAUGAAUGCAAUCAGUGCAGGAAAUCCUUUUUUGAUCGUUCUUCCCUCAAUCGACAUCAGAGAACUCAUACUGGAGAGAAGCCCUAUGCAUGUAAGGAAUGUGGGAAAGCUUUCAGCCAUAGCAGCAGCCUCAGGAGACAUGAGAUGACCCACACAGGAGAAAGUCCUUAUGAAUGUAGAGAGUGUAGGAAAGCCUUCUAUGACCGUUCAUCUCUCGCUGUACAUGAGAGAAUUCAUACUGGAGAGAAGCCCUACGAAUGUGAUGACUGUGGGAAAGCCUUCUUUGACAGAUCAUCUCUCACUCGACAUCAGAGGAUUCAUACUGGGGAGAGUCCCUAUGAAUGUAACGAAUGUGGAAAAGCCUUUAGCCAAAAAAGCAUCCUUACUCGACAUCAGCUAACACAUACUGGAGAGAAGCCCUAUGAAUGUAAUGAAUGUGAAAAAGCCUUCUUUGGUCUCUCAUCCCUUAUUCGACAUCAAAGGACUCAUACUGGAGAGACUCCCUUUGAAUGUAAUGAAUGUGGGAAAGCCUUUUUUGACCGAUCAUCCCUUACUCAACAUCAGAAAAUUCAUAGUAAAGAGAAGCCCUUUGAGUGCAAUGAAUGUGGAAAAGCCUUCAAUCAAAGAAGUCACCUUAACCGACAUCAGAGAACUCAUACUGGAGAGAAGCCCUAUGAAUGUAGUGUAUGUGGAAAGGUAUUCAGUAGCAAGUCAUCUAUCAUCCAACAUCAACGACGUUAUGCCAAAGAGUAGUCUUGGAGAUAUUAUGAGCUUGGGAAAAAUUUCAUUUAUCCUUUUUACUUUAUUAUAUUGCCAAUAUUUAACGUGGGACAAGAGACCCCAUUAAAAUAUUAAGAUGGGGAGGCCAAUUUUAAAAUGUUUCUUAAAUCUGCUACCAUUUCUGGUUGCUAUUUCCUUUUUUCCCUUUUCUUUUGCUUCUUGUUUCUUGAACAAGUAGCCUGUAGGUACCCUAUCAUAAACUGAGUUAGGUAUUUCAGAUACAAAAUGUUGCUCUAAGAACAUUACCAAAACCAGUCUUUGCUAGAUGUUGUAAGGUCUGAUUGGAAAAGGUAAAGGUGGGGGAAAAAAUAGUAUAAAGUGACCAGAACAAAUUAUUUUAAAAAGGGGGAAAGGUGGGAGCUUGAAAGAAAAAGAGAAUCAUGAAUUCCCCAUAGACAUACAGGUUCCUUUAUCUGAUCACAUGUAUUUGGGAUCUUUACUAUCUGAUGGCUUAGAGCCCCAAUCCUAUGGAAGCCUCCACCUAAAGCAGAAAGCAUCAGCCCUAGAAUCUGGAAAACCUGAUGGCAGGACUAUAAAUACCUUGUAGCUCUGCAUAUGACUUCAUUCUACCAGUCUUGGCAGCUUUCCUGGGAUCUGACCCUUAACUCCUGCCUUGGGUCUUCCUACAUCCUGGUUCUUAGGAUGUUAGGUUUACUUGGACUUUGGCCCUUCUAAACUCCAGUUAUCAUGAACUGUAUAGCUUUCAGACCCAAUUUCCUACCAUUAGCUUAAAUCAUUCUUGUGUCUAGGCCUUUUAAGGGCUGAGCUGCCCAGUCUGACACAAAGGUGGAAUCCCAAGCUCACCAUUUUCUCUUCCAACUGAACAUCCUGCCUCCACUUUCUCAUUACCCAUUCAUAUCUUAACUCUUUAUGUCCUACUAAAACUCCUCAAAAGUUACUUCUAGUUUUCUUCCAUCAGAAUCUAGUGGCUAUUAUUUUAUUAUCUAUUGACUUUCUUCUUCAUAGGACUAGCCCUUCUAUUUUGACCAUCCCCUUCAAACUCUCUUAUGUUUGCCUAACAAUAUAAUCUCCCUUUCAUGCCUCCCACCUUGGCAGACCCUGCUCUUUUUUCUUUCUUACCUAUAGCCCUUGCCUUCAUUUCUCCCCAUUUCUUCUUUAGGAGAAGCUACCUAAUGAUUUCAGUCACCACCACCAUGUAUCUCCUUUUCAGUUUAACACUGAUGUCAGAACCCUGCAAGUUAAGGGAUUCAUUUGGCCAGGCAAUCAACCAGGUAUAAACCAGCAUUCCAUGGCUUUCUGACUUGUUCUGCACAUAGAGCUCCAGCAGCAACACACUUCAUCCCACUGAGAGCUAGGGGCACACCAAAGAUUGAGUUUGUUUUCAUGUAUUUAUAUAUGGGGUUUGGUCAAGUGCAAGAUGCAAGGGGGACCAAGAUGCCAGAUUCAAGGGAACAAUUGAGCUGCUUGGCAUAUCCAGGAAUGUGAAGACAAGUCCAAUGGGGUAAAUGAAAGAGGGAAACAGUGUAUAUCAUAACCAUGGGGGAACUGGUUUGGGAAUGUUCUGAAGUCUUCAUAGCUGAUAUGAGUUGGCCUAUGAUGGAUCCAGGGCAUUUGUGGCCUUCUUUUAACCUAGUAGGAUGAGGUAGCAGCUAUUCUUCAUUCUAGCAUCUUAAAAGGACUGAUGAUUAAGAGUCCAAGUCUUUAUAGUUUGCAUUCUCCAUAUGUUACCUGUGCUUCUGUCAAAUAGUGUUCAGCCACUAUCUGCAGUAAAUCUCAACUUGGUUGUUUCUCUCUCACUUUACACUUAAAAGACAAAGACUGAUUUCAGCAGGAUAGGAAACUCCUUGGGGAGAAAAUGACUACAAAGAAUAUAGGUUGGCAACCUCUCUGCAACUUAUGGAAAUAAUUGUUAUUGUUCAGUUGUGUCUGACUCUUCAUGACCCCAUUUGGGACUUUCUCGGCAAAUAUUCUGGAGUAGUUUUCCAUUCCUUUAUCCAGCUCAUUUUAUAGAUGAGGAACUGAGGCAAACUGUUAAAUGACUUGCCCAGGGUCACACAACUAAUACAUGUCUGAGGCCAGAUUUGAACUCAUGAAGGUGGGUUUUCUUGAUUCCAGGCCUAGCUACAAAAGAACCUUAGAGACCAUCUAGUCCAACCUCUUCAUUUUAUAGAUGAGGAAACUGAGGCAGGGCCCCAAACCAUAUCAGUCUAAGUUACAGAGGCAGUAUAGUAUCUGAAUGUCAGUCAUCUGAUUCCAAAUCCACUGCUCUUCAAUUUUGAAAUAACCUGAUUAGCAGGAGUCAGGAUUUUUUUUUUUUGCUUCCUCAAAUAACCUUGCAAAUAGUAGGUGCUCAAUAAAGAGUUGUUGAAUAAAUGAAUGACUUGUUGUUCUCAUAUUCAGUAAGCCACUAGUUUCUGUUAAUCCUCAUUUGUCACCAUUUUCUUUGCCAUCAGCAUAGUCCAGAGCUUUUGGUCUCCCUACUUUGAAUUCUGUCUCCUCCUCAUGCAUCUUGCAUAACUUUCCCAAUCAAAAGCCCCAAAUGCUUCCAUCAGGUCUAAACUCUGCCAGCCAUUUAAGAUCUUCUUUAAUCAGACCAUAUCCUAUCUAUUAAAUGUUAUCUCCAAACACUUCAGUCCCUUAGUCUCUUCAGUAUUCCUCGAGAUACUCUACUCAUUCUCAUUUUUUUCUGCCUGGUCCCCUAUACCUGUCCUGUUCCCAAUUUCUUUUGCAACUUAAGUGUCAGUUCUCCACAAAGCCUGCUUUCUCUAAAGACUCUAAAGACCAUUCUGCUCUAUCUAAAUGCUCCUUUAUCAGCCUCUCAGCCUUGAUCCAAAACCACAAAUCACUUUUUCAAUAUUUCCAUAUUCUGUGCUCAACUGAUUCCCACUAAAGUGUCAGUGAGUGCCAUCCCCAUCACACAGUAUAAUUCUCCCUGUUUGCUUGAUUAUAACCUUAUGUGGUAGUACUUUUGGUAGGAGGGUGGAUAUUUUUAGGCAGGUCCUUAAAUCACAACAUUCACCUGUUCUUAUGUAGAAGUUCAGUCAACAAGCAAAAGUCAAAUCACUAAGACGGACCUUGUGUUGAGGAGGGAAAGAGAGUAGGAAGGAUAGACCAUGACACCUCUGCAUCCCAUUUCUUCUUCCCUCCUUAGUCUUCUUUAUCAGAGAAUUUAGCUCUACCUAGUUUUUCUCCCUGAAAGCUUUUUAUUUGAUCCCAACUUCCUUUCACUGAUUGAUCCUCCAAGCAAGAUCCUGCUUCUAUCCUCAUUCUUUGAGGGUACAGGAAAUUUUCACUUGCAAUUAUUUCCAGCUGCCUGCUUGAGGAUUCUAAACCAGAGUCAUUGUGGAUGGUUGCUUACACCUAGUAACAUUUCUCUUUCAGAUUCCUCUUGAUCCUGAUUCUUCUGCAGGUGACAUUGCUGAUUGCAGUUCUGAUUUCAGUAACAAAUUCUAACCAUCCCUUGAAUAUCCUUUAUUACCACUGUGGCAGAGAUAAAUCUCUUGGAAACCUCUGGGCCUCAGCUUUGGGUACAGGAAGUGGGAGGUCCAUCUAUAAGAACAAUGAGAAAGAGCCUGUGUCAAGGACCUGUAAGAGGAUUCCUGAUGAGAAAUGGUAUUUUUGCUUGUGAUCCCAAAAGGUAUUCGCUAAGCAUAUUGGCUGAGUUUCUAUGCUCUCUUCCUGCUCAUUUCCUGCCUGGGUUGAUCUGAGGCAGACGAAUGGGAAGAACAGUCCUCAGAAAGUAUCUAAUCAGACUGGUCCUGUUAGAAAUAUUGGAAAGGGACUUAAAUGAUUGAAUUUCAGCUCAGAUCAUUAAUCCACAUUAAUCCACAUGCACACAGCUUACAAAGGGGAAAAAAAUGUAUCAUUUAACAAAAUAUGGUACUUUCAAGCAUUCCUGCUUGAAAAGAAACUUCGAAAUUUAAAAACAGAAUUAAAAGGUAAUUACAAAUGAGCAAGCAUAAGAUAUUAAGCAAGGAGGAAGCAUUUAUAAUUUAAUGGGAGAGACAUACAGUACCCUAAUUUCAUCAGAGGUCAUAGAGAGAAUCUAAUUAGACAUAGGGAGAGGGAAGAAAUAAUCAUUUCUAUAGAGGCUACUUUGUGCCAGGCACUGUGCAAAACCACUUUUUACAAAUAUUAUCUCAUUUGAUCCUCACAACAGUCCUGAGAGGUAGGUACUAUUAUAUCUCCAUUCUACAGGUAAAACUGAGGCAAAUAGAUUCACCCAGGUUUGCCCAGCUAGUAAGAGUUUGAGGCCAAACUUGAAGAAAAAGAGUAGGCUGAUUUCCAUUUGUGAAACUGCAAACUGCCUAACAAUUACACCUUAGCACAAAAAAGGAUUGUAAUAAAUAUAGGUGACACAUAUGUGGGAUAUUCCCUUGGAAUAUUGGCUUCUACAUGCUAUUACAUAAGUAAAACCUAAACAAGGGGUUUAACUUAGCUAAGUGAAAUAUAUUGUCUAAGUUAACAAGUUUACUCCAUGCCUGACAAUAUGCUACAGGCUAGAAAUACAAAUAAAAGCAAAAAGGACGACAGUACCUGCCCUCUAGGAGCUUACAAUCUAAUAAAUAAUAGUGAAGAUAACACCUAAAAGGAAACCAAAUAAUGGUGUGGGGGCAAGUAGAGAUAGAUGAAAGUGCCAUAUGGGGGUAUGGGCCUAGGGAGGAAUGAAGGAGUAGACAUGGCUGGUCUGGAUGCUUCUUUAAAAUAAAUGUUCUAGGUGGGCAGCUGGGUGGCUCAGUGGAUUGAGAGCCAAACCUAAAGACUACAGGUGAUCCCAGACACUUCCUAACUGUGUGACCCUGAGCAAGUCACUUAACCCCCAUUGCCUAGUCCUUACUGCUUUUCUGUCUUAGAACCAAUACACAGUAUUGAUUCUAAGCUGGAAGGUUUAAAAAAAUAAAAA